UUUUUUUGUGCUGUGUUCUCUUGCUGUGCUCUGGCGCCUCCCGGUGGACGCCGGAGGAACCACAGAUGAAGGCGAUCAUUCUGUUUUGUCUGAGAUACCUACUUGCUUUGAUCCUCUGGAGGUCCGCACAUUUGUCUUAUCACAUCCAGUCAAUGGAGUGAGCGACCACGGGAACGAGACCUGGAACAAAGCACCGCCCACCGGUGCAUCCCUGUCCAAUGACGCGUCCCAGGGGGCGGGGCCAAGGCUACCAGGCGUGUUGGCAACAGGUUGCUCUGGUAGCGAAGGGGGGUUUGCAAAAAACGCGCUGAUCCCUUUCCUCGUUGGCUAAACAUUUCAUCCCACCAAGAAGGCGGAGGAGGAUCCUUUUUUAAUAUUUGGAUCAUCUGUAAGGUGAGCUCUGCACCAACCAGGAAGUGGACAUGAGCACUCUCUCCACAGACAGGAAGCCGCUCGUGGACUACGGCGUCCAGAUCCGCUUCAUCAAAGACCUCCAUGACACCGGCGGCGCUUCACCCGACAAGUCCAGAGGAAUCAGCAACCACACCCCCACCAGUCAUCCGGGUAGCAAAUACGGGGUGGCUGUGCGCGUUCAGGGGAUCUCCGGGCAGCCGUAUGUGGUCCUGAAUGAUGGCGCCAAAGGGGAUUCGUACGGUGUUCAGCUAAACACACCAGGCGCCAGCCCGGUGCCCCAGUCACCGUACAAGAGCGCCCCCAAAGGUAACGAAGCGGCGGAAGGUGUGAACACUACACACUCCUCUGUUUCUCCAACAGAGGACGAGGAGAUCUACCGGAGCCCUCUUCGAAGACCCCCAGGGGACGGCCAAGCAGGAGGUCAAGGCGAGGAGGAGGGCAGGACUGUCAGAGAGGGGAGGUCCAAAGCUGAACCCCAAGUCAAAGUAGCCGCUCCUGAAGUACAGACACAACAGGAAUGUACUAGUCAGGAAGAGUACAAUGAAGCCGGUUUGAAACCAGUCAAAGUGAACGGUGCUGGACCCAGAGGGUUCAAACAAAAUGCUUUCACCAGUAGCAAGAAAGAUCCGGAUUCUCCUGCAGAGUUCCUCCCCAAACCCUUGGUGUCUACGGACGAGAAGCCAAUCGACACCAACUCCCUAGCCCCCAUCAACAAACUCAUCAGCAAGUUCAACAGCAAGAUGCCCGGCGGCGGCCCCCAGGCGAGGGGGCGCACCGGCGCAAGGCAGCAGCUCCGCUUUGACGAACGCAAGCGCUCCAAAAGCCUGGAUGCAAGAAAGGAGAGUCCUCUUCCCUCGCCUCCGUCACCGACGUUCAAUCCGUACGCAUCCACCUCCUCCAGCUUGUCGUCGAGAGCUGGUUUGGAACGAGAUGCCGCACCUGUUGUCAACAAGGUGACAGCUCGAGAGUCCCCGAAGAAGAGUUUUAAGUCAUCAGGGAAGUCUGGUGUAAAGGAGGCCGCCCCCGUCGUAGCCAAAAAACCUGAGAUACCACCGAGGAGUUUGUCCCAAAAGGCCACCAGCGGGGAGGAGGCUCAAGUGAAGCAAGCCAUCUACAGCAUUCUCAAAGAGGGCACCAGCGAGAGUGAGUCGUCCCUCAAAAGGAAGACAAACCUUGUCUACGAGACCACCAGCAACUUAAAGAAGGGAGGAUCGGAUGGAAACCAGAUAAAAUUGACCCUGGCGGAGCUUGAGGAGCAACUCGGUCAAUGCAAGAAACAACUGCAGCGCGCCCAUGAAGAGCUGGCUGAGGAGCGUAUAGCCAGAGAGAUGUCCGAAUCGCGCAUGCGUCUACAAGAAGAUCAGCUGGCCGAGCUUCAGGAGGAGCUUAGGAGGGUUUCCGAAACGGUGCCUCCCUCCGACUCACUCACAACCGACAUGAUGACCCUGCAGGCGGAGCUGGCCGAGGCGGCCAUGUUGCGCCACCGCCAGGACGAGACGCUGCGGCAGCGGGAGCGGGAGCUGACUGCCCUGAAGGGGGCGCUAAAGGAGGAGGUGGAGUGUCACGACCGGGAGAUGGAGACUCUUCGGGAGCAGUACAGCCAGGACAUGCACAACCUGAGGAUGACGAUGGAGCAGGUGACCCAGUCGCAGGAGCAGAUCGAGGAGGAGCGGGAGCGGGUCAACGCCUCCUUGUUGAGUCUGGAGGAGGAGCUGGACAGCUGCAGAGACCAGGGCGAGCAGUGGAAGUCGCAGCUGGAUGCCACCACGCAGGAGCUGCAUCUUACCAAAGACAAGAAGGCGACACACUCCGGCAGUCACAUGCUGCUCCAAUGUCAUCUGGAGAAGGAGGAGUUUGAGAGCAAGCUGAAGGAAGUCCAGGACUCGUUGCUCGGCGUGCACAAGCGGCAGAUGUCCUCGUCGUCAGCAGAGGAGCUCCAGCGUUGCCACGACGACCUGCAUCGGGCCCGGCUGGAUGCGGACAAACACAAGGGUGCCCUCGACAAGAAGAGUGAGGCACUUGACGCCCUCAGGAAAGCCAGCGGCGAGCGCGAGGCCGAGCUUCUGUCUGAGAUUGGCAGGAUGGAGGAGCAAAAAGCCGAUCUGGAGAAAGCCCUCGAGAAGGCGAAAGAGGCAUCUUCUGCAGGAAGGACUGUGGUGGACCACAUCACCAACACGGAACUCCAGGAGACAAACACUCGCCUCAGAGAGAGGCUGGCCCGCAUGAGGAUCCACUCCAGCACUUCCAGAAGCCCUGAGGCGGAGGAAGCCAUGGAGGCCCUCGAAGACGAGAACCGUUCCCUCAAGUCCCAGCUGGAGGAGGCCAAGCGCGGCGCCUCCCGCCUGAGCAAGGAGAAGGACGAGCUGAGCCGGCGGCUGGAGGAGAGGGACCUGGAGAGGGAGGUGCUGCGGAGGGGCAAGAGUGAACUGGAGGAGCAGAAGAGGCUUCUGGACCGAGCCCUGGAGAAGCUCAACAAGGAGAUGGAGAUGAUGAUGGGGGACUCCCGUCAGUCGGUUGUGGCAUUACAGACGCAACUGGAUGAGUACAGGGAGCGCUCCAGGAAGGACUUGUUGGAGGCUCAACGCACCAACAAGGACAGGCUGGCUGAGCUGCAGAGGGCCCAGAGCAACUUGAAGACCCAGCAAGAAGAGGUGUCCCGUCUAAAGAAGGAGCUCCUGACAUGCAGCGAGGAGCGAGACAGUGCCCAGCUGGAGAGAGACCUCCUCAACAACCGCCUCAAACACUUGGAGAGCGAGCUGGAGUCGGAGAAGGGCAGCCAGACGGAUCGCACCCGUGAGGUCAGGGGGCUGGAGGAUAAAAUAAAGACAUUGGAGAUAGAGCUGGAUGAGGAGAGGAGCAGCGUGGAGCUUUUGAAUGAUCGCAUAACGCGCAGCAGAGAUCAGGUGGACCAGCUUCGCUCAGAGCUGAUGCAAGAGCGUUCAGCCCGACACGACCUGGAGAUGGACAAAAGUGCAAUUGACAGACAGGUGAAGGAGCUGAGGUCCCGCGUGGCCGACAUGGAGGGACAGACUCGGCCAUCGGCCGGCAUCGCCCUGCUGGAAAGCAAAAUUCAGGAGUUGGAGGAGAGGCUGCGCAGCGAAGAAAGAGAGAAGAGCAGCAUCCAGGCCUCUCACAGACGAACUGAGAGAAAACUGAAGGAAGUGAACGCCACGCUCGACCAGGAGAGGACCCAGCAUGUGGAGCAGAAGGAUCAGCUGACCCUGCGGGUGAAGGCCCUGAAGCGGCAGGUGGACGAGAGUGAGGGCGAGGUGGAGCGUCUGGAGGGAGUGCGCAGGAAGGUCCUCAGGGAGCUGGAGGAGCAGCAGGAGCUCCAGGAGGCCCUGCAGGCCAAAGUCACAGCACUGGAGUCGGAAUUAAAGCGGAAGGCGCAGCAGUCCCAUCGCAGCACUCUGGCCACGUUGAGCUCGGAGGAUGAGGACGCUUUCUCCAUCCUGAGCGACGGACACCACCAAGGCUCUAACUGCUAAUACAGGAAGACAAGAUGGAAUAUAUUGGAGGGAAGAACUGUUGUUUUUAGUCUGACAGCAAGGCAGCAUUCAUUUGAAAGUGUGUAAAAACCAAAAGAGAGCCAAUUUUGUUGGUUUAUGUGGUAGUGCAUGUCCUUUUUUGUACUGAAAGUGAUGUGUAUUUUUUUUUGUGUAUGUGGGACUUUUUACACUGUAUUAGCUGUGACAAUCACACACAUUGGCACUGUGACCCUCACUGUAGUCUCUUUUUUUUAUUCCAAGUAUAAAAUAUCUGUCGUGUUGUGUAUACAUUUACACUAAAAUGCCUUAAAAAGUGAUCUCUGUUCCGGCUAAUGUUGCCCCUGCAUGUUGUUCAUAUGCUUUUUUCCCUGCGGUUAUUUAAAUACUAGUGUUGCACAUUGCUUGCAUUCUUUGUACAUUACAUUUCUUAUUACUUCUGCAUAAGUUAGCAUUAUUUAACUGUGUAAUAAGCUGCUGCUAAGCUUUUAGCAGGCAUCCCAUAGGUGUACAAUAAAAAGAGCCCUUCGGGAUUUCUUUUGUCCUCUUGAGGUUUGCGUUGAGGUUUGUACAGGCCUCCCCCUGCCGGUGUAACAAAGAAGUGUCACUAAAAGGUGAGACAGCUACAGUACCUGCAUACUUCCAAGCAGCCUUGAGUGAACGCAGCAGUAAGCUCCUUGUGUGCGACCCACCCGUGUGUCAUCUGCAGGACAAGUAAGUUUCAGUUUCCCUCCCAUAUACAGUAUGUACACUGGUGUGAAAAAGUGUUUGCCCCUUCCUGGUUUCAUUUUUUUUGCAUGUUUAUCAAACUUAAAUGUUUCAGAUCAUCAAGGAAAUUGAAAUAUUAGUCAAUGACAACACAACUGAACACAAAAUGCAGUUUUUAAAUGAAACAUUUUAUUAGGAAAAAAAUCCAAAGCUACAUGACCCCAUGUGAAAAAGUGAUAGCUCCUUAAACCUAACAACUGGUUGGGCCACCCUUAGCAGCACCAACUGCAGUCAAGCGUUUGUGAUAACGUGCAAUGAGUCUCUUACAGCUCUGUGGAGCAAUGUUGGUCCACCCAUCUUUGCAGAAUUGUUGUAAUUCAGCCACAUUGGAGGGUUUUCCAGCAUGAAGCUCCUUUUUAAGGUCAUGCCACUGCAUCUCAAGAGGACUCAGGUCAGGACUUUGACUAGGCCACUCCACAGUCUUCAUUUUGUUUUUCUGCAGCCAUUCAGAGGUGGACUUGCUGGUGUGUUUUGGAUCAUUGUCCUGCUGCAGAACCCAAGUUGCUUUCAGCUUGAGGUCACCAACAGACAUUCUCCUUCAGCACAAUCCAUCGUUCCAUUUAUCACAGCAAGUCUUCCAGGUCCUGAAGCAGCAAAACAGGCCCAGACCAUCACACUACCACCACCAAAUUUGACUGUUGGUACGAUGUUCUUUUCCUGAAAUGCGGCAUUACUUUUAUGCCCGAUGUAAUGGGACACACACCUUCCAAAAGGUUCAACUUUUGUCUCGUCAGACCACAGAGUGUUUUCCCAAAGGUCUUGGGCAUCAUCAAGAUGUUUCCUGGCAAAACUGAGACAAGCUUUUGGUUGGCCGGUCACUCCUGGGAAGGUUCACCACUGUUUCAUGCUUUGGCCACAUGUGGAUAAUGGCUCUCACUGUGGUUCGCUGGAGUCCCAAAGCUUUCAAAAUGGCUUUAUAACCUUUUCCACACUGAUUGAGCUAAAUUAAUGUCAGUUAAGUUAUGUUUUAACAGGCAGGGAAUCACUUUUUUUUCUACACAGGGCCAUGUACGUUUGGAUUUUUUUUUUUCCUCCCCUUAAUAAUAAA